AUGAGUUGGCAGAAAAUAGGAGGUUACAGGGAGAAUGGGGGAAAAAGUGGAAGAAGGAGAGCUUAUCAGGGAAACUGGUGAUAAAAGAUGAUGGCAACUUCUCUUUUCAGAAAACAUUGAGCAGAGCGGAGCACUGAUUCUUGAAGAAAAUCAUCGUCAUCUGAAGAGAGAAGUAGAAGAAGACGAAGAUGAAGAGGAAGAAACUUCUGGAUCACCGAUGGCCGCGUUGGAAGACGAAGAAGACGAUGACUACGACACGGAGAGUAUCAUUGACAAAACUGAUGUAAGAUCACGAAGCAGCGAUUCGACUCGAAAAAAGAAUCUUUGUAGAUUCCAGCGCCGACCAACUCCUUCCUGAAAUUCUGUGCCGCCGCGAAUCUGCCGGAAGACGUCGUCAUCGGCUCCUGGGAGUUGUAUCACCACGCUUUUCAACGAGUGUCGCUCGAGGUAGGCAGAGACUAGUAGGGAGUCCCAAAACAACUACUCGCAUUGAAUGAAUGAUUAAUGAUGUGCAAACUGAAAUGAAAGAUUAGUCAAAUUGUCUGUUUCAAUCGAGAAAUGUUCUGACAGUUGCCAAACAAUGCAUCCAGAUGUUUCAGGGUCCCGAGAAAUCAUGGCAACUCGCCUCCAUCUACUACUUCUUCCUCUCGAAACUAGUUAAAAGACACGGCAAAGCAAGUCGCCUCUUCAUCCAACCGCUUCCCGUUUCCAUGCUGACUAUCGCUCAAUCUUUUGACGUCUCCGUAAUGGAGCUGCUCGACAAGACUUAUCGGUUUAUCGAGAUGAUACAUUCCCGCAAGUCCCGUCGAUUCCACGACUUCUUCCGACGCAUCCAGGAGGGUCUCGCCGUCACUGUCAUCCUUUUCAAAAAAUUUAUCAAAGUCUACUGCAGUAUGUUCGUUGAAGUCAAAAACGCCACCGAUCAAUCGCCCUCUUCCCAUGAACUGUUCACUGUUCUCUGGACGUCUUUUCUGAUCAUGAGAGGACGGCUGCCCGUGGACGACCUAGUCUCCAACUACUAUAUGAUGUUCUCGAUGUUCGACCAGUUCUACACUCAAAUGUGCUCACUUCAAGAUGGAAUUGUGCAUCAUUUGAACCAGAACUUUGUGAAUAACCUCAUUGACACUGACAGUACUAUAAUACGAGCACUGUGCAAUCAAUUCGGAGGCGGCCUGCUCGAUGCUCGCCAUUUUUAUGAUCACACCUACAAGAAGCUUCCGAAAGUGGGAAUUCCGUCCACGUGGGACUUCAAACAGUCCAGAAAGGAAAUCAUGUAAGUUGUCGUUCCCUCCUUUUCUCGUUCAUCGUCAAUUUUUGCAGAGAGGGCACAAAGAACGCCUACGACGAAUGCUUGCUACUUCGUGGAAACGUUGACGAGAGAAUCUUUAUUCCGUGCGUCAAUAAGUUCCAUGAAAUCUACACUGACGCGAGGGAUUUUCUGGCUUCGAAUGCAUUGAAAAAGUCGAAGUCUGGAGAGGAAUUCACAGAAGCCGUCUUCCUGAACAAGAUCACCAACCGACAGUGCCUGGAGAAACUAUCCAUUUCGCAGCAGAAGACGGGUCCGGAGAGACUCGCACAGGCGAAAGAACAGCCGAGAGUGCCGCUGGUCGAAUUCGAUUUGGAUCUUGGGGCGUAUCCAGAGGACAAGAAUGCGUCUGAAACGCAAAUGAGAGUGAAGAAAAUAAUUGACGGAUGGCAUCUAGAGUCGUCGAAACUGAAAGAGUGAGUACGCAGGCAAAAUAGCCUAUUUCUGAAUAAACGCCUUUCCAGAAUGUGCGAACAAAUGUGCGAUAAUCCGAUGGCCACUCUGCUCUUAAAGUCAGACGAAAUGACCCAAAAGUUUGAGCAGAAGCUGGCGUCGGAAAUCGGAGAAACGAGGGAAGAGACGGCGAUGAACAGAUAUCAUGCCGGAAUACGCAGAGAUCUCGAGAAGGUCUUCCUUAUUUAUAUGGAGAAGAUUUUGAUGAAUGAGCUCAAGAAGAAAGUGCGGGAGGAAGAUCUUCUGAUUGUGCUCCGACGGGAAGAGUUUCUCGACUCCGUCUUCUGUUUCUGUGUCGAACUUAUUCUCUUCUCGAAUGGAUACUCUCGAGCGUUCCCGUGGAGUGCGAAACUCUGCAACUGUCAUCCGUUCCAGUUCCACAAAAUUAUCGACCUGAUGAUUUCGCACGAGAAGAGGUUGAGUCGUGCGAUCGUUCGGCACUUCAAUCGAAUCGAAGAGAGUGUGAUCGAGUAUUACGCCUGGAAGUGCGACAGUCCUUUGUGGCCGAUGAUAGUCCGUUAUCCGCUUUCGCAUUUUUCAGAGUUUGGAGAGGAUUGGGCGGAUAAAUGUGAGAAGAAUAUGUAUAUCUAAUUAUCUGUUUGUUCUUUCAGUGAACACCUAUUCUCCAUUCAAAUUCACUCCUCUCAAAAAGCCGGAUAUAGACGACGACGAUGAACUGCGAGACGAGCUCGGACGGCCGAUUGUUCCACAGAAUCAGACGUCAAGAACGUUGCGGAUAUUCUUGAAACGAGUGCGUUGAACGAUUGCAACUUCUUUUUCUUAUUGAAAAGUUUUCAGGUUUACUUCACCGCCGCCCGUCGUCUCCAAGAGUUUGGUGACCGAAUAAUCAUGAAUAAUCGUCAGAAGUCGCAGUGCUGGUCUCUGUUCGACUACCUCAUCCGGAAUGAACCUCUUAUUCUCAUGGACCGUCAUCUUGAUCAGAUUCUUCUCUGCUGCGUCUAUGUCGUAAUGCGACUCAACCAAUCGAAAGUCACGUUCAACGAGAUUAUUGCCCAGUACAGACGGCAAGCCAAGGAUGCCACGUUCGUCUACCGGAACGUCACCAUCCACUGCGAUCAAAUCGACGACGUGGGCAACAAGAUUCCAGUUAAUACGAAGGAAACGGUGCUCGAACGGAUCGAGGCGCCUGUUCGUCCGAAAAUGACAGUCAAUCUCAUAAAGUACUACAAUGUGGAGUUCCGCGAUCGCAUAAAGUUCAUAGUCGGACAAAUCGACACUGCUCCGGAUGAAGAUUUGAUGGAAAUGCCUCUCCCAACUAUGUACGGACUCGUGCCCAGUCGCAUUUUUCUGACGAAGACGUUGACGAUCCAAAUGCUUCCGAAGACGGUCCACGCAGACUCGAAGCAAGAGAUGGUGAUAGCCAGUAUGGAAGAGCACGGAUUCCCCGUCGACCUGAAUCCCGGAAGAGUUUCUGUGCCCGCCGAUUCUUGA